GAACAUGAUGACAUUCCAUGAUUCCUCUUUUUCAAAAAAAAAAGACAAGAAGAAGAAGAAGAAAGUAGAAUAAUGAAGACUAGUAAAAUAAAACUCAAAACGAUCGGACCACAUACAGUCGCGGAGUCACACACAUAAGGUGAAGCUCUCCUUCCUCACGAAAGCUCUCUUUUUUCAAAAUCAAAACAAAUCUUCUUUUAACUUCGAGAUUAAGAGCUGUGAAAAUGAGUGAAGAUGAGAAGAAAAGCGUCACCGGAGCUCUGAUCGUGAGACCCAACUCCGAUGACCGGAAAACCUCGGUGGCAACAGCUACCAACUCCACCAAGCAAGUUAUCAUCAAGAGUGCCGACAUGAGUGACGCCAUGCAGAAGGAGGCUGUCGAGAUCGCCAUCGCUGCGUUUGAGAAGAACAACGUAGAGAAGGAUGUAGCAGAGCAUAUAAAGAAGGAGUUCGAUAAGAAGCACGGGGCUACUUGGCACUGCAUCGUUGGUCGCAAUUUUGGUUCUUAUGUGACUCAUGAGACAAAUCACUUUGUUUAUUUCUACUUGGAUCAGAAAGCGGUUCUGUUGUUCAAGUCUGGUUGAUCACAGUGGUGUGCUUGACGAAGAAGACGAUCCCAUUGUGGUAAGCCUGAUGGGACGUGGGUGAUGAUGUUAAGUGUGCUAUUGUGAUUCUAUAGUUACAAUAUAUGUAUUUAAUUAAAUCUUAUUUCUACGCCAGACAUCUAGACAUCUUGCUACCCAACUUGUAUAUUAAUCUCCCUUAAAACUUGCUCUUAACUUUGGAUGAAUGGGAACUGGAGUACUUUUUUUCCGUACGAACUGUUCUGAGUUACAUUUUUCUGAA